GUUUCUGUGAUAGAAUUGGAGGAGGAGUCGAAAAGGGAUUUUGGCUCUACGGGUGCUCAUAGAGAAAUGUAUAUAUGGCCUCUCAACCCUAAUAUUAUGCAUGCAUCAUUUACAAUGAAACAUACUACAACCGACAAUAAAAGUACAACCCAUACAACACAUAUACACAUAGCGUCAUCAUGGGCUCUCGUCAUUAACUCCAAUAGGACCAACACUUGAAAAACUAAAGGAAACGUCGUCGUUUCAGUUUGCAGAGUCAGUCGAGUGGCUUAUUUCUAUCUUAGUCAUUGUUUGUGUAGAGUGCACAAUUGAGUCUUGUUAGUUGUUAGUCUUGUUAGAGAUUUUAUAGUUGUUAGUUGGGUCAUGGUUUCUGAUUUGUAGGAACCAUGAGUCAAGAGAGUGGGUCGUGAGAGGUCGUGUUGUGACUGGAGCACAACGGUUUAUAUUCUCUUCACUAGCAAAUUAAUAAAGCUUGUCAGGUUGCAAACAAUUGAGUUAACAUUGUGGUAUCAGAGCUCAAGCAAGUUGUAACCAGAAAGGCUUUCAAGCAAAGAGUGAUAGAGGUAAAAGUAUGUUUUGAAUAGCAUAUAAAGGGAUUGGGAAACACGAGAGUUUGUGUGAGGUGAUUCAAUCUACGGUGAGUGCAAGCUACUGUCAAGUAGUUGUGAAUCUGUCAAGAUGAGUGAUUCAGGGAACUUUGCUCAAGUAGGUCUUCCUCGCUUUGAUGGAGACUAUGAUCACUAGAGUCUCCUAAUGGAGAACCUGCUGAGAUUAAAGGAGUAUUGGCCUGUUGUUCGUGAUGGUUUGAAAGAGCAGAAGGAAGGAGAAGAAGUAUCUUAAACUGAAGUCAAGGCAAGGGAUGAUCUGCAGUUGAAGGACUUGAAGGCAAAGAACUACCUCUUCAACUCCAUUGACAAAUCCUUUCUCAGGACUAUCUCCAAUAAAGGUACUGCCAAAGAUAUAUGGGAUUCAAUAAAACCGAAAUAUCAAGGCAAUGCUAGGGUUCAGAAAUCAAAUCUCCAGGCUUUAAGAAGAGAUUUUGAAAUCAUUGAGAUGAAAGAAGGUGAAUCUGUGAAUAGUUAUUUUAGCAGAAUCAUGACCAUAGCAAAUGCCAUGAGGAACUGUGGGGAUGAGAUGCCUUAUGUGAAAAUUGUAGAAAAAGUGCUAAGGACCCUUACAGACAAAUUUAACUAUGUGGUCUGUUCGAUUGAGGAGUCAAAGGACAUUGAGGAUCUGUCUGUGGAUGCCCUUCAAAGUUCUUUGGUUUUUCAUGAACAAAAAAUUCAGGAAAAGAGGGUCUGCAGAUGAAGAUCAGGUACUCAGAACUACUCAUGAGUUUGGUAGUAGGGGAGGACGAGGUCAAGGAAGAGAUUUCUUUCUAGGGAGAAGUAGAGGAAGAAGUGGUGGUAGAGGUUGGAAUAGAGAUUCUGUGGAAUGCUAUAAGUGUCACAAAUUGGGGCACUACAAGAAUGAGUGCCCAUAUCAAACUUCUAAUGUCCAGUGUCUUCAAACUGGAAAUGUCUCAGAAUCACAGGUGAGCUUGUGGCAUAGGAGGUUUGGACAUAUCAGUCCUCAGAGCCUUCAGCAGUUGCAGAAGGAGUUGGUACAAGGGUUGCCACAACUGCAAGGCAACACUGGAGUAUGCAGUACCUGCCUAACUGGGAAGCAACACAGAAACUCCUUUCCAAAGAAGAGUCAGUGGAGAGCAUCCCAAAAGCUGCAAUUGAUCCAUGCAGACUUGUGUGAUCCAGUAACCCCAGCUUCAAACAGUGGUAAAAGGUAUAUCUUUACCCUAACUGAUGACUAUAGCAAGAAAUUGUGGGUGUACUUCCUAGCUGCUAAGUCAGAAGCUUUGAACUGGUUCAAGAAGUUUAAGUUUCAGGUUGAAAAGGAGAAUGGUUUGUACAUUACUUGUCUCGGAACUUAUAGGGGAGGGGAGUUCAUGUUGGCUGAGUUCAAAGAGCUUUGUGAUGAGGGUGGCAUAAGGAGACAGUUGGCAACUGCUCUCACUCCACAGUAGAAUGGAGUAGCUGAGAGAAAGAAUCGAACUGUGAUGAAUAUGGUGAGAUGCAUGAUUCAGGAUACUCAUGUACAUGUUGUCUUCAGGGCUGGAGCAGUUACCUGGGCUACACAUGUGCUCAACAGAAGUCCUACAAGUGCUAAUCAAGGAAUCACUGCAUA